CAUUAGUAUGCAUUCAGCCAAUUUGCAGCCACAAAAGGACGGGACCCGAUGCCUCGUUUGGCAGACGCCAACACACCCACACCCACACGCACACACACGUACAGACGGGAAAAGAUGGAAAAAGAAAUACGACGCGGCAACACCCACAUACCCAGACACAUAUAGGCAUCCACCCAACCAUCCAUCCGUCGGCCCAUGAAUGCACACACGCGACAAAAUCCACGCCAUCCGACCGUCCCUCCCUCUCUCAGAAGUCGUUCUGAGUGUUCCAAUUGUCCCCGAUGUUGGGCGGGUCCCACAGGUUGGGCGGACCCGCACCCUCCCCCAGCUGCAUCGGCAAGGGAGACAGCGACAUCUCGUCACCCCACCUGACACAACCGCACACAGACAAACAAACACAUAUCCAUCCAUCCAUCCGUCCUCCGUGCAUUUGUGGUGUGGUGUGUCAUGUCACUCACCCGGCCCCUCUGGGCCCCUGCGGGUCUUCCCCCUCGUGGAGCGGGUCAGCCAGGAAGUCGCCAUACUGGUUGCUGGGGAAGUGAGGCCCAAACACAGGGGGCGGCCCGCCGCCGUUGUCCCCAUCCCCAUCCCCGUCCCCGUCUGCCCACUCGUUGGCCCCCCCACCGGGAUGGAUGGAGUAGUCCAUCGGCUCAGAAGAAGACUGAUGCGCCGAGCCCCUCUGACCAAUCGGGUCGAAUGGCGGGUCCGUCGCCUGCUGCUGGGAGGGUGCAUGUGGCGCAUCGGACGGUGUUGGACCGUCGCCCCCCUGCCCCUGUCCGUGCAUGGCCAUGGCCGUCUCGAGCAGCUGCUUCAUGUGGGGGCUGCUGAGCAAAGCCUGCAGGCCCCCCAUCUCGCCCUCCCCACCCCCACCGCCCGGAAAAAGCUGCUGGCGGAAUGUGCCCGGGGGAGCGCUGUUGAUCAUGUCGACGACCGACCGCAUCAUGGAUGUGGCGUCGUGCUCGCCUCCUGGUGGUGAUGGUGGGCCGGAGAGAUUUGAUAGCGACGGGGGAACGUCCAUUGGGUGGGAGGAGGAAGGGUCGCUCGAGGCGUCCUGACAAGACAGAGGGCUCAAUAAGGGCGGUGGUCUGGAUGGUGUGGGGUCAUUGUGUGCACCUUUCGUUUGAUGUUUUGUAGUUCGUUGUAGAGUAUGCAGACCAUUCUUUGGAGGCUCUUGAUCUUGUCCUCGGGCGCCUCACGACCGACACUGCCCUCAACCACACCCACACCAACACCCACACCAGCAGCCGGCUGCUGUCACACACACAGACACACACAGAGGGAGAGAGCACUCACCUUUGGAGUGAAGCGAGACAUUUCUCUUUAUCCACACACUCACGCACUCACCGGCGGUACGCCGAAUGGCUGCCCUCCUCCCUCGGCUGGUCUUCCCCCGACCCCACCGACACCGCCGCCCACACCAGCAGUCCACCAUCCGCCGCCCCUCCCGCCCCCACUAGGCGUCACCGGUGCACUCAUGCACUCAGCCGGGCCCACACUGCUCAGCGGCGGCAGACUCUGGGGCAGCAUCGGGUUCAUCAGCGGCACGCCGCUCGAUGAUGCCGACGAUGAGUGAGCCGGGGUCGCCUUGCGUGCCGCUGCCGUUGGCUGGCGAGAGGUGGAGGGGGACGGUGGGGGGUGCUUGGGGCUGUCGGUGAGGUUGAGGGUCACUGGGGGCGAUGGCGAGGAAGCGACGAAGGCAGGUCUACCAUAGAAGCCGUCUCGGCCACAGGGGGGGGUCUCGGGCGGCGUGAGGAUCGGCGUGGUGCUGGGGGGCGUGGCGGUGCUGAGACUGAGGGAGUCUGCGUGUGUGGGGGGCGUGUGCAGGUGCGACGGCUGGGAGAACGACCCCUUCUGGUUGACGUUGAUGGCGUAGCCGGGCAUGUUGACGAUGGGCGCGGGAAUGAUGUGGUGGGCGGAGAGGGCCGAUGAAGGCUCCGAUGAGUUUGUUCCAUGAGGGUCCAGCAGCCACUUGAGCUGACAUCACCAACACACACGCAUCCACGUUCAUGGAAAACAGUGCUCCCUCCCUCCCUCCCUCCCUCGCUCUGCUGGUUACCGAUUCGGCGAUUCGGUCGAAUAGUCCGAAUGCCUGCAGCAGGCCCGGCAGCCACCUCGUCGCACACGCGCGGAACUCCUCGGGGCUCUUGAAACUGUCCAAAUCCUGAUACACACACACACAACACGCACACAGAGAAUGCAUACACCCUUCCGAGGCUUGCUCUCCUUCCCUCCCUCCCUCCCGUUGGCAGACCCUUUGUGAGAGGAGCGCCUUGAGGUGGUCUGUCGUGGAUGGGUCGGGGGAUAUCUUCAGAGCCUGACAAGGGAUGGAUUGACCAAUGGAUUGACCGAUGGAUGGAUGGAUGACAGACAGAUGCGCAUCGUGGGAUGUGUGAGUGUUUAUGAGCGGACGGACCCUUAGUCUGUGAAAUAUGAGGUUGAGUCGGCUGAGCAGCUGGAACUUCUGCAGGCCGUCCUUCUUGGUGCCGCCGUAGAAAUGAAAGCACAACUGCAUCAUCAUGAUGACGACCAUAGACAGACAGACACACACACACACACAGUGUUCAAUGAGUACGGCCAGACACGCGCCCUCCUGUGCUGUGCUGUGUCUGGCUGACCUCUGCUCGUUCGCUCGACAGAUUGUCUGACUGGAGGAGCAGCUUGAGCUUCCGCAGGAACGAGCUGGACGUCAGCCGAUACUCAUUCUCACAAAAGACGUCGUAAAACAUCUACAACCAACAACACGCACACACAGAAAUGCUCUCAUGCUGUCUAUGUCUGUCUGUCUGUCUGUCGUCCGUCGUACGUUUGCCGUCAUGGUCGAGAAUAGCGGAUGCGCCGCUCCCCGUCUGGAUGGCGUAAAGGGGUUGUUGUUGCCGUGUGCGGCCUCGGUCUCGAGCACCGAGUUGAUCUGCACCCACUCCUCCCUGUUGCAUGAUAUCACCCCCCGGCCGCCCAGCAGCGGCGGCCGGUACUGACUCGGCUCCCGCUCAUACUGCGCUAUCUCGCGCGGAGUCAGAUCUAAACAGACAGACAGACAGACAGACGUGGGAGCGUUGUGUGUGCGUGUUCCAGGGUGUGCUAUGCGCUUACUCUUGUGCGCGAACUUGACAAAAAAUUGCUGAUGAGUUCACACAACACACCAGGCAGCACCGAUUAUGGAUCAGCUGAAUGAUACCGGUAUCUCUCUCUGCCUGGUCUGCUUACCGUCAGCUGCUCGUUGGACGACUUGAAUGCCAUCCCGGAAGGUCAGUCAGCUCGCGUCUGAGUGUACUGGGCAGCGGUGGCUGCCUGCGGUGGCUGCCACAGCGCCGCUUCCUGCGGCGGCGGGAUGCUCUCGCGCCCUCUCCCUGUCAGCGGUGAUCUCCCAGAUCUUGCUGAUUCGCGGAUGACGAAAAAGAAAAGGCCAAAUCUUGACAGCCAGCUGCGCGCACAGAGAUCCUUGAUGCCGCUUUGCCUCCUGCCUCAGCCUGGACGUCCUGACC